AUGGUCAAGAUUGUCAACUUGGGUAGCUCCUUCUCCGCUGGUCCCGGCAUUGCACCCCAGAUCAACAAAGCAGCAUCUCGUUCCGGCGCCAACUAUGCACAUCUUCUGGCCGAACGUCUCAAUACUGAUCUGACAGACUUGAGUGUAUCAGGCUGCACACUCCUCAACAUCACUGAAACUCCUCAAGUCGCCGGUGGUCAAACCUUUGCACCUCAAAUUGAAGGAGUUCCAGAGGAUGCCGAUAUCGUCCUCAUACUCGGCGGCGGUAACGACAUGUCUUACAUUGGAGGUCUGUUCAUGGAGCACACUUGGCUUAUAUCUGCAUAUUCUCUCAUGAGCCGCCUCAAGGGGACCCCACUUCCAGACAUGUCACGUCCUGCCGACGAAGAAGAAGUCAUCAAGCGCUAUGGCAAAGCCUUGGACGCAAUUCACGCCAAAGCUCCCAGGGCACGAGUCAUCGUUGUUGAGUACUUGACUCUACUGGGACCGGAUACUAAGCCAAUGACUGAUGUUCCAUUUGAUGCCGAGAGACUGAAGCACCACCAGGGAGUUGCAACCAGGCUGCAAAAGGCUACAGGCAAAGCUGUCGAGUCCAGAUCAGAGUGGUGUGAGCUGGUACCCAUGGCGGAAUUGAGUCAAGGUCAUGCCAUUGGCAGUAAGGAGCCUUGGGUCUUUGGAUGCACUGCCAUGGAGCAGUUGACCGGCAAGACAUGGUAUCACCCCAAUGGCGAGGGUAUGAAGGCUGUUGCAAAGGUUCUCUACGAGCGCAUCGCCAAAACCAGCAAACUCUGA